AUGAAACUUGGAAUGCUGCGGAAUAAUCCUCCAGCAUACUACAAGUAUGCUGUGCUCGAGACGAAUACGCACGUCUUAUACUGGGAUCGGCCUGUUAUGGCGGAUAAAACGGUUGAUCAUAAUCGCCCUGACAUCCUCAUAAAAGACCAAGAAAAACAAACAGCUUCUAUAAUCAAUGUUGCAAUCCCUUUGACUCACAACUUGCGAAAAUGCAUUUAUGCCACUUUGCCUAGAACCCAGCGUGGUCAACCUAUUGUUUUGGGAGGUGAUCCCAAGGGAAAAAAUUUUCUUUACACAAAUGGAAAUAGUGUUAUUAUUAGAAAUAUAGAGAAUCCGGCCAUUUCUGACAUAUACACUGAACAUUCUUGCGCUACUAAUGUUGCUAAGUAUUCACCUAGUGGAUUCUAUAUUGCCUCUGGUGAUCAAUCAGGAAAAGUCAGAAUUUGGGAUACUGUGAACAAGGAACAUCUGUUAAAAAAUGAAUUUCAACCAAUUGGUGGACCUAUUAAAGAUAUUUCUUGGUCACCAGACAGCCAAAGAAUUGUAGUUGUUGGUGAAGGCAGAGAGAGAUUUGGCCAUGUUUUUAUGGCUGAAACCGGCACUUCUGUGGGUGAAAUUUCUGGCCAAUCAAAACCUAUGAACUCGUGUGAUUUUCGUCCAUCACGGCCAUUCCGAAUUAUUACUGGCAGUGAAGAUAAUACCAUUGGUGUGUUUGAAGGCCCUCCUUUUAAAUUCAAAAUGACCAAGCAGGAACACACUCGCUUUGUGCAAGCUGUAAGAUAUUCUCCUAGUGGUAGUCAUUUUGCUUCUGCUGGGUUUGAUGGUAAAGUGUUCCUGUAUGAUGGGUCUUCAGCAGAUCUGAUUGCAGAGAUUGGAUCUCCUGCACACAAAGGUGGUGUAUAUGCUGUUGCUUGGAAACCAGAUGGUACACAGUUGCUGACUGCUUCAGGUGAUAAGACAUGCAGGCUAUGGGAUGUAGAGACAAAAAGUCUGAUUUCUGAAUUUGUUAUGGGAUCCCAAGUUGAAGAUCAACAGGUAUCAUGCUUGUGGCAGGGUCAGUAUUUAUUGACUGUUUCAGUCGGUGGUUUUAUUACCUAUCUUGAUGUGAACAAUCCUAAUAAACCACUUAGAGUUGUUAAGGGUCACAAUAAGCCCAUUACUGUGUUGGCUCUGAGUCCUGACAGGAGUACAAUCUACACUGGCUCGCAUGAUGGACAUAUUACUGCUUGGGAUGCCAAUAGUGGUGAAAAUGAUAGAAUUCAAGGAGUUGGUCAUGGAAAUCAAAUAAAUGGAAUGAAAGCAGUGGGAAACUUUCUGUAUACUUGUGGAAUUGAUGAUAGUGUCAAGCAGAUAGACAUUGGCUCUAAAAGUUACACAUCUGUUGACAUUAAACUUGGUUCUCAGCCUAGAGGAAUGGAUAUAAAAGAUGAUACUAUUGUUACUGCAUCUGUAAAAGAGAUCACUGUUGUCCAGAGUGGCCGUAAAGUUUCUACCUUACCAGUGAAUUAUGAACCAUCAUGUGUAUCUGUAAAUGCUGAAACUCUGGAUGUAGCUAUCCAUGUGUACAGUUUGGCUGGCACAACUCUGAGCCCUAAGACUGAGCUAGAACAUCUUGGACCUGUAACAGAUUGUUCUUAUUCACCUGAUAAUAAGUAUCUAGUAGCUUGUGAUGCAAACAGGAAAGUCAUUUUAUAUAAAGUUCCAGAGUACCAGCUCGCUCACAACAAGGAGUGGGGAUUCCACAAUGCAAGAGUUAACAGUGUAGCAUGGUCUCCUAAUUCAAUUCUUGUGGCUAGUGGAAGUUUGGAUACCACUAUCAUCAUUUGGAGUGUGCAAAGUCCAGCUAAACAUACAAUAAUAAAGAAUGCUCACCCACAAAGUCAGAUCACACGCCUUGUUUGGUUGGAUGAUGAAACAUUGAUAUCUGUUGGACAAGAUUGCAAUACAAAGAUAUGGAAUGUCACUGCAUUCUAAGGAGAAUAUAUGAUCCCUUGAAAUUUUUUUGUCAAGGUGGUUGCUCGCAUUUCAGAUUCAAAUAUAUACAUAAAUAAAUGCUGUAUUUACUUGAGAUUUUUAUAAAAUCUUUUAAUGUAUUGCAUGUUUAUAAGAUGGGUUACAAACUGCAAUUGAGUAAUUCCUGGUUGGCUGACCCCUUCCCCUUUCCCUUCUUGAUCCCUCGCCUUAUCUUUGUGAAUUCAAAGUAGACAUCUUCUGCACUUGUGCAGUGUGAUAGACAAAUAUUUCAUGAGUGAUGUCAAAGGAACAAUUGAUUUGUCUAGAUUACACCCAGAAAAGAUAAAUGAGAAAGAAAGUUAUAUAUUUCUAAUGUCAUUGUUUAUAAAAGUAGUAAUUUUCUCUAAGUACUCCAACAAGAAAAAUAAAUGUACCUUCUUCUGGGGAAAUGGAAAAUAUUGUUUUUCCUUUCACGGUGAUGUUAAUACUGAACUAAAAGGAGUUUCAUUCUGACAAUUUGAUAAAAAUUGUCUGUGAAUAAGUUUAGCCACAAAGGCUGCCAAAUUAAUUUUGAUCCUGGAAUUUUUGUUUAUUUUUUGUUUGAGUGGUACAAAUGUUUCUCUAAAUUCUUGUAUUGAUGUGUAUGUAUAUACAUAUAUUUAUUUGUACACACACACACACACUCCAAUAGAGAAAUUGUCUUUCCUUCUGUAUUGAUAAUAAAAAAUAUAAAAUGCAGUUAACUUUAAAUUAAAUGUUCUGGAAAAACUCAUUUGCAUAGAUGAACAAAAGUGUAUAUUGCUGCCAUCCAAUCAUUUUUUUACGUUUGUCUCCCUUGAAUAACACAGAUUCACAUUUCUAGCUGUUAAAUCAAAUUGCAUAGAUAACUGUGUGUUUAAAGUGCAUAUAUUUAUGUUAUGUAUUAAAGAUCUUGGGGAAAACCUUACAUUUCAAUGUAAUCUAGACAUCGAAAUGGGCCUUUGAAGUAUUGCUAACAGUCUCGUACUGGUGGUGGUGUUGGGAAUCAACAACAGACCCCAGCAUUAGUUUUUUCCCCAUGAAUUUGUUUUGGUAAGAAGUUGCCAUUUUGUUUUUUUGUGUAGAAUCUUUCUGAACCCUUAGCAAUAGUUCAGUUUUUCCAACAUGUUGGGGAUGUUUACAAAUAAUUCGAAACGGUCACCAUGCAUAAUAACUUUGAAACUACAGCAUUUGCUUGCAGCGGCGCCUGCUCAUAAUCAUCUUAAAAUCUCAUUUUAGUGUCUGUUGAUGUGCACAACAGUUGUGCAGUCGAAACAUUGUGAAUAUUAUAACUGUUCUUUACAAAGAGGAUGUCUCUAUCUGUGUCUUCACGGAAAGGACUGCUAGUACAGAAAAUGUUCAAAAUAAAAUAUAUAUGUGAAAUUAUUUUAACCAAAUAUGCAGAAAAUUAUUGUGGUAUAUUGGUAAAUUCAUGAAUUAUUAGUUCUUGAAUAUCUAAAAUUUUUCUUCAGUUAUAUUGCAAUUUAUUUGUGGGUCUGGUGUUGCCCCUUUCACCUCCCCUCUUGGUAUUCUUUGAGUACUGGAAUGGCAUUGAUAUGUGACUGUUCAAGCAUUUAUUGAAAAUGAAAAGGGGUCCCCUUACCAUUUGCCCAUCCUCACUAUAAUUUCAUAUUAAAGUGAGAAAAGUACAAGAAAUAGGUUUUAAUUAUUUAUUAAAUGUUCCUUGGCUGUUGAUUGAUAUUUACUAAUACUUAAGUUUUGGUCUUCAUAAUACUGUCAGAUGUCUUUGAACAAUUUUUUACUGAUAAAAUUAGAAAGACCAGAUGUGGAGUACUAGGUUUACUGUAACUUUCCUAAUUAAUUUACACCAGCCUUCAUUCAGUUCUUAGCUAUUAUUUUCAUCCUAUGGCUCUAUUAAUUUUCUGACAGAUUGUUUUUUCAUUGAAAUUCUUCCAAGUUUAUUGUAUAGGCCAAAAACUUUUUGUUUUUAGCAUGUCUUCUUAACUUAAAAAUAAAAUUUUUAACUUCAUGGAAGGUGAAGAACAUAAGUGUGUGAACAUAGUGAAUAAUUAAUUCUUGUACAAUAAUUGCAAGGGCCGUAUUAGAAGUAUGCCUUCUUUGAUAACCACAAGCUUCUAUGGAAUGUGAAUAUCAGAAAUUAUUUUUUUACAGAGUGAAAUAAUGUUUGUAAACCUCUAGAUUUGAAAAUAUGAAGACCCAUUCAAAGCCUGUGCAAUACACUAUACGUUGUACCAUUCUUCUUUCUGUUCUUGAUAGUUAGCCCUGGCAGAGUCAAUGUUGCCAUGCUUUACUGCCCUUACAAUAUGGGCGAUGCAUGAACUUUUGUAGAAAAUAAUGUAUUUCAGUCUGAUACUGAUAUUGUCUGGAUACUUUUAAUUAUCCAUUCCAAGUUGGUGGCAACAAUUGUAGAUAAUAUCAGUGGUAAAGCUGCUGUUAUUGUGUCACUAGGAAACCAUUGUCGAUGUCAUCACAUGUAUCUCAGAUGUCAUGCCCAAAGAAGUUUGGUACAAUGUAUAGAUACAAGUGUCUAAUAGUUCAUUAACUUUUAGUUGCAUUGUUCUUGAGCUCAUUGUUAGUAUAUUGAAUCAUGCUGAAUUUUUUAUUUAUUUAUUUUUUGUGUUUUGUAUUCCCAAGACUUGCACAAUACUAAUAUUGCCUUAUCUUUGUGUUAUGUAGAUUUUCAUGUGUAAUAAGAUAGUGACAAAAUCUUCCAAAGUUUUUGUUAAGAUAGCAGAGAAACAAAAGAUUUUAACUUUACAAUACAAGGAAUUUUUGCUGUGUUUAAAUUUUGAAAUAAACUUCUUUGCUAGAAGAGUGGGAUGUAAGAGUGGCUUUACCCCAAAAAUACAGUCUUGAGAAAAAUAAUUUUAGUCUUCACAUGCUAUUUUACCAUAUUACGUUCAUCAGUAGGUAACAUGACUUGGGGGGGGGGGACAUUAAUUUUUGUUCAUUUUCAAUUUUGUUCAAUUUAAAUUGGAUUGAAAACUAGUGGCAGUAUAAUGUUCUCUCUAGUCUCUCAUCAACAUUUGUCCGAUACAAUAAUUGUUGCUAGAAUAUAAGCAACACAAGAAAAAUCAAAAUUAAAACUUUUGAGUGUAGUAGUAAAAAAUUAGAUUAUAAAGAUUGACCAAACUAUAGCCAGCACAAUGAAUUCACAUGGAAGUAGGUAGUGACAAAUGCUGCAAGCAGAUUGAUGGAGAAAUGGCUCGUGCGAAAUCCUUUGUUCUCUGUAUACUAGUGUCAUUCACAUGAACUUCUAAAAAGUUAUUCAUUUACAUGGAAGUCUAAUGAAGUUCACAAGCCAUGAAAUGAAAAAUGCCAUAACUGGUGUUAAGUCAUUCUUUCAUCCAACUCUUCAAUUGUUGAACAAAACCCUAAAGAGGAAGAAAAGUUAGGCACUUGGAAUUCAACACAAUGUGAUUAAUUGUGUGCCUGUCUAUUUAUCCCUAGUUUCCCAUUGUGUAUCAAUCAUUAGUGAUUUCCUUAGUGAAACAGUAGAUAUUAAUGAUGCAAUGAUAAUAUGAAUACAUAUUAUCAUUGGAUACAAUGAUGAUAUGAACUCUAUAAUGAAGUAUCAUGUAUGAUACUUUCUUUCAUUCUGUUAUAUUUCAUGUGUAGAUUUCAUCAGUGAGUUUCAUGUCGGUUUUUGAUUAUAUGAUAUUAUUACAAUCAUUAUUUUGAACCUCAGAACUGAAUAUAUUACUUAAGGUAGUAAAGUUGCUUCAUUAUUUAAACAAGACUUCUUUUGUCUCUUAGAAGCAUACAGGCUGCAAUGAAACUUGUAAACAUAUUCACUAAUUAAAGAUUGUGCACACCAUUGUAAGUAAAUGGAAUAAGUACAGUAAUGUUCAACUUCUAAAAGGUUUAGAAACACUAUGUAAAAUAUAUAUUGAUGAAAGAUUCAACAAAUAUUAGUCUGCAAUUGAAUCAGUUGUUUUUAAAACCCCUGCAAGUCAUGAAUUGUAAAGUUGUGGGAAAACUAGAAAACUUAAUAAUUAAGUGCAUGUGUAACUUAAUUUCUGUUUUUUAUUUCUGUUUCUUAAAUCUUGAUUAAAAAUGCCAUGGAGACAUGUAAUUCACCACAAUAUCGUAUAUACAUAUAUUUACUAUCAAUAGUACAAUAGUGAUUGGACUUUUUUAAAAGUUUCUGACUUUUGGUUUUCAG